CGUGCUCCGCCUCCGCGCUCGGACCUCUAUAAACCCCGCCCACUGGACACGGCCGUUCCAGUUUGGACUCUACUCUACUCCCCGCUUCCCGAUUCAAGUCAGCGGUUUUAGGGUUCGAGAUCUCGGCAUCGCGCGGAAGCCAUGGCGGCAAGCACGCUUAGUACUGUGAAGGUGAGCAAUGUAUCACUGAAAGCAGCACAGCGUGAUAUAAAGGAAUUCUUUUCCUUUUCUGGUGACAUUGUGCAUGUUGAAAUGCAGAGUGGCGAUGAGCUUUCUCAAGUUGCCUACAUUACUUUUAAAGACAAUCAAGGAGCUGAGACUGCAAUGCUUCUCACGGGGGCCACAAUAGUUUAUAUGGCUGUAAUCGUGACGCCAGCCAAUGAUUAUGAGCUACCGGCUUCUGUUUUAGCUGCUCUUGAGCCCAAAGACACAAAACCUUCUGCCCUUCAAAAGGCUGAAGACAUUGUUGGGACCAUGCUGGCAAAGGGAUUUAUCCUUGGUAGGGAUGCACUGGACAAAGCAAAAGCUUUGGAUGAGAAGCAUCAGCUCACGUCGACUGCCACAGCCAGAGUAUCUUCCUUUGACAAGAGAAUUGGUCUAAGUGAGAAGAUCAGUGUUGGUACUUCAGUUGUAAAUGACAAAGUGAAGGAAAUGGAUCAGAAGUACCAAGUCUCUGAGAAGACAAAGUCAGCACUGGCAGCUGCUGAACAGAGUGUCUCGACUGCCGGAUCUGCUAUCAUGAAGAACAGGUAUGUCCUCACCGGAGCAGCAUGGGUAACUGGUGCUUUCAGCAAGGUCACCAGUGCAGCCAACGAUGUUGGUGCAAAGGCAAAGGAGAAAAUAGCAGUCGAGCAGGAGCACAAGAAUGCUGAGGCCGGGCCUGCACAAGCAAACAUCUCAGAGUUCCCUGCAGCACCCAGGGAAUUGGACAGCGAAUUCACGAAGAUACAUGUUGCUGAAACCCCUGAAGAAAUUCCCGUCUCUACGGUGACUGUCCCUGCUGUUACAGAGGAGGAGCUCAGCGAGGCCUCUCCACCAGCUGAUGUUCCUACAAAGCCAGAAGCUGCACAGGGUUUGGUACUAUAAGUGAUACAGUUUUGCCUCAUACAUGCAUGUAAUGUAAAUAGACAUGAGAUGAGGUAGCCAUUGAACUCAUUCCGUGAUGUUGUGGUUGCCAUCUUCAGAUUGAAACCCCUUUUUUUUUAAGGUUGAAAUUUAUUGGGACCUAAAGGAGUUUGCAAUUUGUACCUGGUACGUUUUAUCAAUUAACCAUUAAUCGUUAUUACCUGGCAGUGGGAAAAUGAUGCUUCUGCA